AUGGAAAGGCAAUUUGACGGCCAGGUGGCCGUCAUUACAGGGGCGGGAGGGGGCCUUGGCCGCGCGUACGCAAUCGCUUUCUCUAAAAGAGGGGCCAAAGUUGUCGUCAAUGACUUGGGGGUCGCUCUUGCUGGAGAUGCCCAAGGAGAAGGCAUCCGUGCUGCCGAUGCGGUGGUUAACGAGAUAAGGAAGGCAGGAGGCGUAGCAAUUGCAAAUUACGACGAUGUAUUGAAUGGAUCGAAGAUAAUUGAGGCGGCUAUUAGAGCAUUUGGCCGAAUUGACAUUUUAGUCAACAACGCCGGCAUCCUCAGAGAUUCAUCUUUUGCUAAGAUGACCGAACAAGAUUGGGAUCGCGUUAUGCAGGUACACGUUAAAGGCGCAUUUGCAUGCACAAAAGCCGCAUGGCCUCACAUGCUUAGACAGAAGUACGGCCGCAUUAUUAAUACUGCGAGUGCAUCGGGUUUAUACGGAAACUUUGGGCAGACGAACUACAGCACGGCGAAGAUGGCGUUGGUCGGGAUGAGUAAAACUUUGGCAGCAGAAGGAGUGAAAUAUAAUAUCCAUGUUAACUGCAUUGCCCCCCUUGCAGGCACACGAAUGACUGCUGGUGUUUUGCCCCCUCAAGUUCGCGAGGCAUUAAAGCCGGAGUGUGUUGCUCCUGUUGUUCUUUAUCUGUGUUCAAAGGAAUGCAAAGAAACAGGACAAGUCUUCGAAGUAGGAGCUGGCUGGGUAGCGGCAGUCCGUUGGCAGCGUAGCCCAGGAAAAGUAUUUCCUUCUUCUUAUACUCUUGAGGAUUUAACAAGAGAUUGGCAACAAGUUAUGAACUUCGGGACGAAUGUUUCCUAUCCAACAUCUCUACAGGAUUCUCUCGUCAUGGCGUCACAACAAAUGUCCGCAGGAACAAACCAGCAGCAGCAUAAACAGCAACAACAGGACCAUCAUGAUCAUCAGCAGGAAGAGGAGGAGAAGAAAAAAGAUAAUUUAUCAUUAAAUUCUUUAAAAAUAUUUAGAAUAAUUUCUGCUUUCUUAGAUCGUGCAAAAGAAGAAAAAAAUAAAUUAAAAGAAAACGUGAAUAGUUCAUUUCAUUUCGAGGUUUCCCCCAAACAAGGACAACCUGUUAGCAUUAAAUGGACAAUUGAUCUUCGUGCUGAUGGAGAAGGACGAGCUAUGGAGGGUCUACAUGGUACAGCAGAUGCUACAUUUAUCAUGGCGGAUGAAGUAUUUACCUCUAUUUGUUUAGGUAAAUUAAAUCCUCAAGUUGCAUUUUUACAAGGAAAGAUGAAACUUCGUGGUAAUAUGGGGAAAGCAACAAAAUUUACUCCUGAUCUUUUUCCUCCAAUUACUGAUGAUUAUCUUUCCCUUUCUCCAACAGAAGCAGUUAAUAAGUUUAUUAAAGAAUUAAAACUACCUAGUGGUGAAUCUACAGGGAAAGAAGAAGAAGGAAAAGGACAAGAAAAAGAAGAAGAAAAACCACCACAUAUUCUUAGUAAAGCUGCAUCGAAACUACAGAGUGCUAGACUCUUCCCCUUCCUUAUAGAUCAUCUAAAGUCACCUGCAGGCGCACAGCUGGUUAAGCAGGUUGGUUGUGUGUACCGAGUAGAUUUAUUACCAAGCAAGAAAGGAGAAGAAGAUAUUCCUUGUACAUUUUAUAUAAAUUUAAAAGAAAUGCCACCAACAGUACGUGAGACAUCUAAUGCAUGCAAGGAUAAAUAUGAUUGUUGUUUUACUCUUAAUGAUGAUAUUUUCUAUAAACUUGCAACAGGAAAAAUAAAUCCGCAAAUGGCAUUUCUUCAAGGAAAGAUGAAGAUAAAGGGUAGUACUAAGGCAGCUAUGAAGUUUACUAGGGAUAUGUUCCCUAAAAUAUCUAAAUUAUAA